UGAGUUUAGGGAAAGUAUCGACGUUUAUGCUUGUCAAUCAGCAGGAGCCGUGGGGAGUGAAACUGGAGGGAAGGUCGACGAUCGGGACGGAUUUCUAGUCCAAAAAGCACUUCAGUGCUAAUGCGACCAUAAUGUUUUGGAAAAAUAAGGAAAAACUAUAUAUAUUUUCAAGGAAACUGUUUUGGUUUACUUUGAAAUAAGGUAAUCAAGCAAAGCUUUCACUACGCCGAACUUGGCGAGUAUCACUCGCUGCCUCGUUGCAUUUCAGCUGGAAAACAGCGGAUUAUUUACACAGACAAAGUGUGUAAACUAAAAGAGGGCUCAACUACAGACGGCUAUUGCUGUGUUUGAUAUAUUCCUUUCGCCAGAAGAGAGGACUUCAUCCAGAGGAGUUUGUGUCGCUGUCGGGAAGCUCUUCCCUGUGGACGUGCUGGAAACCAGGAGGAGUGACGGUUGGAACACGAAACUUAAAGCGCGUAUUUUCCUGGAAGGUAAGAAGAAAAUGAGCGGAGGAGAGGUGGUGUACACGGGGUGGCUCAGAAAGUCUCCACCUGAAAAGAAGUUACGGCGUUAUGCAUGGAAGAAGCGAUGGUUUGUUCUGCGCAGUGGGAGGCUGACAGGAGACCCAGAUGUGCUGGAGUAUUACAAGAAUGACCAUGCCAAGAAGCCCAUCCGCGUAAUCGAUCUGAAUCUGUGCGAGCAGGUGGACGCCGGUCUCACAUUCAACAAGAAGGACCUGGAGCACAGCUUCAUCUUUGACAUCAAGACUAUCGACCGGAUCUUUUACCUGGUGGCAGACACUGAAGAGGAGAUGAACAAGUGGGUGCGCUGCAUCUGUGAUAUCUGUGGCUUCAACCCCACCGAUACGGAAGACUCCGCAAAGAUCUCUCACCAAGUAAAUGUGCCAGGGGGUCUGGUGGUGGAUAUGGCCCCUAGUGGAGGGCCAGGAGGAGCCUUAGGGGCUUCUGCACUGGCCAACCUGCCUCCUCCCUACCAGCCUGUCAGCAUCAGACCAUUGGGGUCCUCCUCCAGUCUGGAUGAGCCUCAGGACUACCUUUGGCUGCUCAACUGUGAGAGCAAGAAACCUGAGCCUAACAGGGCCCAUGGCGAAUGCUCCAAGUCUACCUCCUCCGAACCCGACUGUAAUGACAACCUCCCUUCCCACCACACGCCCACCUCCUCCUCCUCCUCCAGGCACGCCUCGGUCAAUGGUUUCUUUCCUACCCACCAUGCCGCUGGGCUCUAUGAUUCUCCUCCUUCGCGCGGGCAGUCGUUGUCGGCCGACUCGCAGGGUCUUUACCACCUGCCCCGAAGUUACUCUCAGGACACUGUGCUGCUGCCAAAGUCGGCGUCCUCCCCUCCCGCUCCUGACGGUGAGCCCGGUGAACUCUAUGUCUUUAACACGCCUGGUCGUAAACCCUCUUUAGAGGCCCAGUUGCGGAACUUGUCAGUUAGCUAUGAUAUUCCACCUACACCUGGAAGUAACUGUACCUACCAGAUUCCCCGUACUGCUGGGGUGGAGGCUGUUUCAGGGGCCACAGAUGUGGUACCGCCCCCUCGUCCACCUAAGCCUUUACUGACCACGGGAACAGUUCCACCUGAGCGGUCACCCACGGACACGUAUGUGGUGCCACGGUCAGUGUCUGAGACUGAUGGGAAUUACUGCAUGCCAUCUAGUACAGGAGGGAACAAAGCACUAAGGAGCAACACCAUUGGUACAGUGGAUUCUUCACGUCUACGUAAAGAUUACGGAUCUCAAGACUGCUAUGAUAUACCCCGUCCCUUCCCCCCAGAUAAAAGUUGCUCAUUUGAUUUUAAUGAAAGCUUCAACAGCUAUUUUAAGAAUAAAGGCAUGGUGCCAGUAGGAGGUGUUUCCACUGAGGAGAUGGACGAGAACUAUGUACCCAUGAGCGUCCACUCUUCGUCACAUCAGCGCUCUGGCAGCCUAUCAGAACCCAUCCAGGAGCCCAACUAUGUGCCCAUGACACCAGGCACAGUGGAGUUCUCCUCCCUCGGAAAACAGGUGCCCCCUCCAGCCCACAUGGGCUUCCGCUCCAGCCCCAAGACCCCACCUCGUAGACCGGUGCACAUGCCCGAAUGCCAACCGCCGCCUGUUGACCGCAACCUCAAACCUGACCGUAAAGGUCAGAGCCCUAAAAUAAACAGAGCAGUCGGUCUUGAGCGAACCGACUCCCAAACCAUAGGUGAAUUCUCAAGACGGCGUAAGGUUAAGCCGGCCCCUUUGGAGAUCAAGCCUCUAGCUGAGUGGGAGGAGUAUACGGCGCCGGUCCGUUCCCCCGUGACCAGGUCCUUCACGAGGGAUGAUUUUCUCUGCGUGCCUUUGCCAUUUGUUUCCUGUUUACUCUUUGAUUUUUCUACUCCUCUUCUCCUCCCUGUUGCUCCAUUCUGUAGAGAAGAGUCCUUCUACUGUACAGUUCCCAUCACUCCUAUAAAGAGAGAAGUGUCAGGUCUAGACCACCAGGAUGAGAACAUGAAGCUAGCAGCACCAAUGAAUGCUGAUGGAGGUAGCAGUCCCAUGGUGAAGCCCAAAGGAGACAAGCAGGUGGAGUACCUGGACCUCGACUUGGACCCUGGGAAAUCAACUCCUCCUCGGAAGAAGAAGAGUAACGGGACUGGUAUUUCAGCAUCAGACGAGCGGGUAGACUAUGUGGUGGUGGAUCAGCAGCGAACGCAAGCACUGAAGAGCACACGUGAGGCCUGGAGUGACGGACGGCAGUCGACGGAGCAAGAUCCCCCCAACAAAGGGGCCAAAUGACACCCAUCUCUUUCCUUUUUUGUGCACGGUCAUGACUCGCGGGAGGCCGAGGAACGGAGGGCACUGCACACGCUCUGAACCUCCUAUCAGGCCUCCACAUUUGAUUUUAGAUACAGCUGUGUGACAGCACCUAGGUCACAGCUCCCAGAUCAGCAAGUUUACACUGCUUCCUGCUAGACGACAGCACCCGAGCAGGGGAGAGCUGAUCCGAGGGAUCCUCAUGUAUAAGCUGACAGACUCCAAGUAGGAUGGACCGCACUCUGCAUAGGGGCUUGAAGGACUUGCCGAGCCUUUUCGGCUGAAAGCCAAGUGAAAACUACGCUAACAGCAGCAUUAUUCAUACUACAUGGAUACAAACUGCCCCCAACUCAUCAACUCAGACAGUUUCAGAUUUUUGGAUAUUGUUUUUCCCACAUCGUGGUGUUAAAGCACAUUAUUCCUUGGGCUAGGGGAGCAUCAGGUCUGGUGAAUUUGUCUGUCCUCAAGGUGUUUAUUUUUUUUAAACAACGUUCCAUGUUCACAAAACUGCCAAGGUGAGUUUUUAGGAUGCAUUUUAGAAGCCUAAAAGGUUUUUUGUGUAUAGUUCCAUGAUAAUCUGAAACUUUUACACAUCUAUUUUUUAUUAUUUUUUUUCCCAUUUGUUUUAUUCUUUUGGGCCUCAUUUGUAAUUCGGUAGUGCAAUCAAAAGGUUUUGAGUUGCUUGAGCCGCAAAUCUGCUAAGGUGAGUUAGUUUGCUUGAAAAUGAUUAUCGUUUGCAUUUGCAUUUAAGACAGCAGGCAGACUGUAUAAAGUGUUAUGUACAUGAAUAAAAGUGUCCUUUAUUUGUAUCUAAUAUCUAGUAUGUUAAGGCUAAGGUGUGGAUUCUGCAGGAUAGAAGUCUACACGGUCUGAGAUGGUAUCAGAAACUAUGAAAUGUUAUUGGUGGAAUCAGGAACUGUGAUAGUUUUUAACAGAGAAGAGAUUUCUCUGAAGUUUUGUGUGUUUUUUGUUUUUGGUUUUAUUCUCUCUUUUAAUUUUCUUCAAAGCCAAGGUAUCAAUUUACAAAAGCGCCGAGGUCAGGUACUCACUGAAAGGUUUAACAGCUUUCAUUUAUUUUAUUUUAUUUUAUUUUGCAGCUAUAGAUGACGUCUUUAGUGUUGCAGAUCGUAUGUUCUCAUAGAAACCUUUUGAAAUUGCUUACGAUGCAAGAUAUUAUUACUAAGAAUGAGAUGCCUUCAUGGAGGGGAGGAAAAGCCGGUCAAGUAGUUUCAGGAAUUGUAUUAUGUUUCUUCAUUCUCUGUGUGACUGGUCUAUCAAUGCAUUUUAUUGCUACUUCGAUAAUUUAUUUCAGAUGGAGUUCCGCAGCUCUUGGAGACUAAUUGCCUUACCAUUGCAACUUUUUUUGAAUGUUGUAAAUAUGAUCCGUUCGGUGAUUUUAGCUCAUGUCAGAAUACAUCUAUUCAGAAUACAUCAGCAUAAAACUUUACUGUGUGUAUAAAAUAAAAUAGCUCUACUAACUGCCAUUCUUAAGCCAAGAAGACACUGUUGAUGUGUUGCAACACCAUUGGUGGCUUCUGCUGUAUGUAUUUCGAUACAGGCUUUUCAAGCAUGUCUUUUGAUUCAAAGCUGUGCCUAUAUUGUUUCCCUUCUACUCAAAUCUUUUUUUCUUUGAGUCCUCAGACCCUGAUGCUUUAUAUCUUUUUUAAUGAAUCUGAAAGAAAUGUACAUUUGAAAAUAAACUCAAUAAAAAUGAUACUUCAGGAGAUUA